CCUACCCUUCUCUCUCGCGCCUCCACUGCCGCUCCUGCCGUUUCCGCCUUCCCCGCCGCGGAGCCACUCGUUCCGAUCCGAUUCGAGAGUGCAUCUUUAUCUCGCGCGUCGCAUCGGAAUUCAGGUUCUCUCCAUCCGAGGAUCUCGCGCGCGACCACAGCUUCAGCGAACCCGAAUCAGUUCAUUCGGCGCGUCCCAGAGACGAUGGACAUGGACUUGGUCGACGACUUGGAGCUGCUGGACGACUACGACGACUUGGAGUUCGACAGGUUCGGCGUCGCCGCCGGUGAUACCUCCAGACAGAAUAAGAACAAGUACGACACCACUUCUGCUGCGGAGUAUAGAAAUGGGAAAGAUAUGCAAGGGAUACCGUGGGAGAGGCUGCAUUACAGUAGAGAUGACUACCGUGGUAGGAGGCUGAAUGAGUACAUGAACUAUGAGAGCCUCUUCAGGUCGCACGAGUUGUUGGAUUCGGAGUGCAAACAAGUGGAUAAAAAGGGCACAUUCUAUGAUUUCUGCUUCAACACAAGACUUGCCAGGUCAACAGUAGUUCAUUUUCAGCUGAGGGACCUUGUUUGGGCCACAUCCAAGCAUGAUGUCUACAUGGCACAGAAUUAUUCAGUGAUGCACUGGUCUUCUCUUCUUCAAAAAGGGGAGGAAGUGCUUAAUGCGAUAGACAAUGUAUUUCCAAAGCAGAAGGUCCAGGGAGCUCGGCCGUUGUUCAGAAUGCAGACCUGCUCCAUGGCCGUAAGAGACAAUUUUAUGGUAGCUGGUGGUUUCCGGGGUGAACUGGUUUGCAAGUACGUUGAUCAACCUGGAGUGGCUUUCUGUACAAGUGUUGCUGAAGAUGAUGAUAACAUCACAAAUACUGUAGAUUUGUACGAGUCUCCCAAUGGAUCUACACGAGUGAUUGCUGGCAACAACGACUGUGUUGUCAGAGUUUUUGAUACCGAGAGAUUCAGGCUACUUAGCCACUUCGCAUUCCCAUGGUCGGUCAAUGACACAUCAGUAAGUCCUGAUGGCAAGCUUGUCGCUGUUCUUGGCGAUAGUUCUGACUGUCUGAUAGCUGAUCUUCAGUCUGGCAAGUCUGCAGGAAAUCGCGAGCCUCAAGGGGCACUUGGACUACUCGUUCUCGUCGGCGUGGCACCCCGACGGGCGCGUCCUCGCCACCGGGAACCAGGACACCACCUGCCGGCUGUGGGACGUCCGCAACCUCUCGCGGUCCCUGGCGGUGCUGAGGGGGCGGAUCGGCGCCGUCCGGGGCCUCAGGUUCUCGUCGGACGGCCGCUUCCUGGCGGCGGCGGAGGCCGCGGACUUCGUCCACGUGUACGACGCGCGCGCCGGCUACUCGAGGGAGCAGGAGAUCGACAUCUUCGGGGAGGUCGCGGGCGUGUCGUUCAGCCCGGACGCGGAGGCCCUGUUCGUCGGCGUCGCGGACCGCACAUACGGCAGCCUCAUCGAGUUCCGCAGGAGGCAUCGCUACGAAUACUUGGACUCCUAUCUAUGAGGCUGUGUACUUAGGGUCCGUUUGGUGUGUCGCGUGUUGUACAUGAACGUGGAACUGCGUCUGAGAUGGGCUGUGUGGUCGAUGUGUCUGCCAAAGGCAGAGGUGUAUGGUGUCGUGUGUGUGCCUUUCUCGAAUGCUGUUUGUAAGCAAAGGAUGUUGGAAUGCUUAGUGGUGAGUUUUUUUUAUUUUUUUAAACGAACCGGCCGGAGAGCUACCGAUUAUAUAAAAAAAUACUGAUUAUAUAAAAAAAAUAACUUAGUGGUGA